GCCGCCAGCCCACUACUACCCACCACUGAACUACCCUCGAGUCAGCAGUCAACAACGCAGCGACCCACGAAUAUAGCCGGUGACACGGCGAUUGCUAUGCGGUACGCUGACGGACGACUGGGAGUUUAGGAAUAUUUGACAGGUGGAUCGGACUGAGAGAGGCGUAUGGUUCUGCUGGGACAGGGUUUAGGACGCUCUGGAUAAGCAUCAUGCCUGGGCGGGAUGGGGGUGCUGCCUCGAUACGGAAGGGGGUUGAGGUAGAUGAGUGGGGGUUGCCUGUAAGGCAUAGGGAGGUUGAGGCGCCAACUCAAGGGAGUGAGGUGAAGAAGAGUGUGGAAGAGGAGGGGCAGGACGAUACGAAGUCGAGUACACAUAAAACGACUUCGGAUAAGGAGGUGCCCGAGGAGAAAAUAAAGGAUACGGAAGAUUCGAAUAUACAUAUAAAGGCGGGGGAUAAAGAGAUACCCAAGGAGACGGCGGAAGCUACGACGAAGGGGAAGAAGGUGGUGACGGAGGAUUCGAGCAGCGAUGACGAUGAGUUCAAGGAUGCUCCUUCGGAACAGAUACCGGAGACUGCAGAAGCCACAGGAGCCCCAGCAGUCCCAAAGAGCGGAGGGAAGUCCGAGGCUCCUGCUAUGCCAAAAGAAACGAGUCCCGAGACUGCGAAGGGCGAGGAUACGAAGACCGAGGGUCCCGCAACCAAAUCACCUACAACUGAAGCCUCCACAGCUGAAGCUUCCGCAACUGCAGCAUCUACAAAGGCGGAACAAGUCGCCGCUGAGCCUGCAGGAAAGCAAGGCCAUGCUCGAGCUAAGAGUUCCGUAAACAGCAUAUCAAAAGCUGGUCACAAACGCGACAAGAGCUCGGUGAAUAGAGUAUCCGAAUGGUCUCACCAACAGUCUGCGGCACAACCAGAGGACAAAGAUACGAAAGAAGAGUCUGAGGACGAAUGGCAGGCUAUGCCAGCUUAUGCACCCUUCGACAUAUACGACGAUGACAACAAGCUCGUCGCGAAGGAGGCUCAGGACUCCGAUGUUGAGGAUGCCACUUAUGCUGGGCUCGGCGGGGCAGGGAAGGGAUACACCAGAGUCCAACUGGAUGAGGAUGCGCAGUCCGCCACGAGCAUGGACGAGCACACCUCCUACCUCUUCAAAGAAUCCAACGGCGGCACAACCGCCGCCGGCUUCGAAGACGAAGAACAGCGCGACGUCGUCUCCCAGAUGGAAACCACCAAAGACCUCCUCACAGAAGGCCAACGCAUCGCCUACGUAGGCAUGACGCGCCUUGUCCUCACUUCCAUGGUCAAAGCUCACGAGGUAAUCGAAGGCACCAGCAAGGGCGCCAAGAAGGAGACCAGCGUUGGCACGGCGGCGAUGCGCAUGUUCAGUCAGAAAAUGAUGAUUAGACUGUAUGCGCAUAUGGAGAUCAGUACGCCGGAGCAAAUUAUGAUUGAGCAGCUGUCGGAGCAUGGGGUUGAGCCGAGGGAUUUGACGCCGACGCUGAUGGCGAAUGCGAGGGUUAAGAAUCCGAUGGCUGAGAAGGCUGAGUCAGUGGGUGAAAAGACUGAUAGUCCUCGUUCCGGGUCGGUGGCGGGCGAGAAGUCGAGCGAGAAGGCAGGUGAGAAGUCGUCGGGAGACUCGCUGUCGAGUUCCCAGAUGGAGGAGGAAGAAGCAGCGGCGCCGCCACCACCGUAUGUUGAGACUGAUGGAGAGCAUUUGCCGGAAGUGAGGACGCCGGGACAAUUACCGACGACGAAAAAUCUGGAUAUCGAUUUGAGGUGGACGGUACUGUGCGACUUGUUCCUCACCCUCGUUGCCGACUCUGUCUACGACGCACGGUCCAGAGUGCUCCUCGAACAAGUAGGCAGCCACCUAGACGUGACCUGGCUCGACAUCUGCCGCUUCGAGAAGCGCGUCACCGACGCCCUCGAGAUGCAACAAGCGGCCGAGAAGGAGAACUGGAACGAAGAUGAGCACAAAGAGUCUCGGCGGAAGAUGGCGCUUAAGAAGCGCUAUAUGAUGAUGGGCCUCGCUACCGUUGGAGGAGGUCUUGUCAUCGGCCUCUCUGCCGGUCUGCUUGCGCCUGUCAUUGGUGCUGGUCUGGCAGCUGGAUUCACCACCAUUGGUGUGGCGGGCACGAGUGGUUUCCUGGCUGGUGCAGGAGGAGCGGCAAUUAUUACGUCUGCUGCUGCGACGUCGGGUGGUAUUAUUGCGGUGAAGGCGGCGAAUAGGAGGACUGGCGCUGUCAAGACUUUUGAGUAUCGACCGCUGCAUAACAAUAAGAGGGUCAACCUCAUUGUCACGGUGUCGGGGUGGAUGACGGGUAAGGUCGAUGAUGUGCGGUUGCCAUACAGUACUGUUGAUCCCAUUAUGGGAGACAUCUACUCUGUUCUUUGGGAGCCGGAGAUGUUGACUAGUAUGGGAGAUACGAUUAAUAUUUUGGCUACUGAGGCGUUAACGCAAGGUCUUCAACAAGUUCUUGGAAGCACCAUCCUCAUUGGUCUCAUGGCCGCUCUCCAACUUCCCGUCGUUCUUACCAAACUCUCGUACCUCAUCGAUAACCCGUGGGCUGUCUCCCUGGUGCGCGCUGAAUCCGCCGGCCUCAUUUUGGCCGACUCGCUCAUCGACCGUAACUUGGGUACUCGCCCCAUCACCUUCGUGGGUUACUCCCUCGGCUGCCGCGUGAUCUUCUCGUGUCUCCGCGAGCUCGCUCGCAAGGGAGCCCACGGCCUCGUUCAGAACGUGUACCUCUUCGGCUCACCCAUCGUUGCCAAGAAGGAUGACUAUCUAAAAGCGCGUUCCGUCGUCGCCGGUCGCUUCGUCAACGGUUUCGCGCGCAACGACUGGAUCCUCGGGUACCUCUUCCGUCUCACCUCCGGCGGAAUCUCUCGCAUCGCCGGUCUGGCGCCCGUUGACGGCAUCCCAGGCCUCGAGAACGUCGACGUCACCGAGCUUGUCAAGGGCCACAUGGCGUACCGAACCGCCAUGCCGCGACUCCUCCGUGAAGUAGGCUGGCAGGUCGACAGCGACGAGUUCAGCGAGAUCGAGGAUCCUGAUCCAGAGAACCACCAGCAGCGCCAGCGCGAGCUGAUCAACGAAAUUGAGGAGGCGCGCAAGGAGUUUGAUCGUCAGGAGCGCGAGGCGAAGGGGAAGUUCGGCUUCUUAAAACGGAAGAAGAAGGCGGCGGCUACGAAGAAGGAGUGGGAGACGUAUCAGGAGAGUCGAGAGGAGGAUGAUGCGGAGCUGAGCACGAAACAUGAUAGUGUGCUUUUUGAUAUCGAUGCCAUCCGCGCGGAGCUCGCGAGCGAGAAUUUCGAGGUCAAGGAGCUGGAGAGUACGCUGCCGCCUAUGAAGUUGGAUUUUAGCAGCCCGGCUGCCUCACUCUCACCGGCCGUGCCAUCAUCUAGUCUUGGUGCGCUUAGGGACACGAAGUCUGCGGAUGUGAUUCCGACUAUGGGCAUGUAUGAGGAGUCGCCGUCCCCGGCGCCGAAGAAGAGCUAUACAUAUGGCCCUGAUGAUGGUUAUAAAAGCUACCAGUCGAGUCCAUACCUCGCGCCGGAUGACGAGGUGCAGAUGAGUUUCGACACAUCGUAUGCGUCGCCGGCGCGGUCGGCCACCGGACUAGGUCUAUCACAGUCGGGGUUGAAGGUCGACGAGGGAGGAUGGGGCGAAUCGAGGUCGUACGAGGUUAGUCCGCGGGUCUCAAAAGAACUCAGGGAUAAACCUCUGCCGCCUGACCCGAAGGACGGGAUUGAGGUGGAUAUGCAUAGGCCGCCCAUGAGAGGGAACAAGACAGAGCCGCUUGGUGGGAACGCCUGGGCGGAUGAAGAUGACGAGGAUGAGUUCAAGGAGAAGGAGAUGGAGAUGACUUUUGCUUGAUUGUAUUGUCGGGCGUGGACUUUGUAUUAUUUAAUGGAUAUUACGGGGUGGAGAUGGAUGGGGAGCUUGAAUGCGUUGUACAUAGGCUGCAUAGCGCGGGAGAGAUGUUCUCGUUGUUGGAUGAAUGCUUCUUACCAACGGGCUGUAGAGAUGGAUGAGAAUUGGAGACCUGAGGUUGGAAGACCGAGAUGCGGGUUAUAACAGGAUAUAGAUCUUGAGUGGGGUGCCUUUAUGGCGAUAUAUUCGUAGGAAUAAUGGAAUGGGUAAAUAGGCAGUAUACUAUCUCACGGCUGAAAAGCGAACAACGUG